GAGUUUCUUUCGAUCGUCAAGAAAUAACAAACAAAAAAUCGAACUGUUUUCAGCUUUUGUUUACAUUUUCACAAGCAUUCAUGGACUUCCUGAAGAAACUCAGCAGCGAUGCCACCGACAAGCCCGAAGACCAAAACCCCGAUCACCACAAAACCUCGGCUUCCGAUCUCUUAUCCAGCGCCAAGCUGGUUGCUGAUGCCGCCAAAUCCUCUUUUGGCGGCGGCAGCGAGUCUGUUGACAAGGGCAAAGUCGCCGGAGCCUCUGCCGACCUUCUCGGAGCUGCUUCCGAUUACGGAAAAUUGAAUCCUAGCGAAGGGAUUGGUAGUUAUGUUGAGAAGGCUGAGAACUAUCUCCAUCAGUAUGAAAAAUCUCAUUCUGCUCCUCAUGGUUCCGGCUCCGAACCGCCAAAGGCAGAGGAGCCGCCGAAGAAGGAGAACGCCGCCGAGAAGGAAGACGGAGGAUCUGGGUUUGGGGAUUAUUUGAAAAUGGCCGAAGGUUUUAUUAAGAAAUGACACUUUUUGGCAACUGGUUUUUUUUUUUUUUUUCCUUCUUUUUUUAUGUGGUUGUUUGUGUAAUUUCUUUGUAGAUAAGGGUUUGCAUUAUAUGCUAAACCUUAACCUAUGAUGAAUUUGGAUGUACUAAUUAAUAUAAUAAAUGUUAGAUGUGUGGUCUUUGUCUUCAAAAA